AUGGCACGUUGGAGUUCCGAGGCGGAUUGCAACGCAGCCCUCAAAAAGAAUCCGGACAGCGGAAAAGCAUACCGUGUGAGGGGCAAGGCGCACAGGCUCCUGGGCCAUUGGGAGGAGGCACAUCAGGAUCUUUCCGAAAGUCAGAAACUUGACUUCGACGACGACACUGUCGAGUUGCAAAAGUUUGUGGACUCCAAGUACAAAAAGAUUGCAGAGCGCAAGAACAAAGAUAGGCUUCGAGCAGAGAAGCUCAAAGAGAAGGAGAGACGUCGAAGGAAAGAAGAGGCACAGAGGGCCUAUGAGGAAGCAAAGAAGCAACCCUCGGGAGCAGGCUACGGAGGAUUCCCUGGAGGCUUUCCAGGUGGCUUCCCAGGAGGCAUGCCGGGCGGCAUGCCCGGCGGCAUGCCCGGCGGCAUGCCGGGUGGCAUGCCAGGUGGCAUGCCCGGCAUGCCAGGUUUAGAUCCCAGCAUGUUGAGCGGCAUCAUGAGUGACCCUGAGCUUAUGCAGGCUCUCUCGGAUCCAAAAAUGGCAGCGGCCAUGCAGGACAUCAUGAGCAACCCUGGAAACAUUGCGAAGUACCAGAGCGAUCCUGAAGUCAUGAGUCUCAUAAACAAGGUGAUGGGAGCAUUCUCCAAAUUUGGUGGAGGUAUGCCUGGAGGUAUGCCUGGCGCCUCAGGAGGCAUGUUUCAGCUCCGAGUAGCUUCUGCAUGA